GAGCAUAUACCCUAAGUUCGCACUCCAUGGCGGAAGCUACAGCACCGGAACCGGAAGUAGUCGAGGCCAACACGACGGAAGCCACCGUGGGCAUGGUUGUCGAAGACGCUGAAGCCAACAGCGAGUCGAACCAGAAGCGGUGUAGAGAGGAUGAGGAAGAAGACGAUGUUUCAAAGAAGCAAAAGGUGGAAACAGAAGAGGAAGAGAAGAAAUCAUCAGGUUCAGUUCCCGUGAAAUUGGGUCCCAAAACCUUCGGUUCUUCCUUGGAGAUGUUCAAUUACUUCUACAAAUUCCUUCAUGCUUGGCCUCCUUAUCUUAAUGUUAACAAGUAUGAACAAAUAAUGUUACUGGAAUUGCUUAAGAAUGGCCACACAGAGCCUGAUAAAAAGAUUGGAGGAGGAAUCCGAGCUUUCCAAGUCCGCAAACAUCCUAUGUGGAAAAGUAGAUGCUUCUUCCUCAUUAGGGAGGAUGAAUCUGUUGAUGAUUUUAGCUUCCGUAAAUGUGUGGAUCAUAUUCUUCCCUUGCCAGAAGAGAUGCAAUUGAAACCUGAUGUGAACAGGGCAUUAGGUGGUUCUGGUGGAGCAAAGCAUCAUGGAGGAAGGGGUGGCAGUGGGAGAGGAGGUGGGCGUGGCCAUGGAAGAAAAGGAAUGUCGAGACGUUGAGUGCAAUGUUUACUGCUGGUAUUAGUUAUGUUUGAAGAUCUAUAAUGUUUUCUGUACACUUGGCCAGCUUAUUUCAUGUUUCUUGAUGGUAACUGUAUAAUUCAGAUUUUGACUUUUUAUUAUUUGCGGUUAUAUUUCAGUCCUGAUCCUUUUAAAACGAUGCCUUGCUUCAAUACAAGUUCCGUCGAUUUAACCAAUUUGGUUGUUCUUACGCUCACAUU